AUUUUCUUUUACUUUUUCCUUGGGAAGGGGGUACAAUACAUAUUCACAGACACUUUUUAAAAAAGCCCUUGAUUAUCCAUCAUUUUCCCUUUUUAUUUGAUGCACAGCAUGAAUAAUAAUAUGAGCACAGUUGAUUUGCAAAAUCAUAACCAUCUCUAUGACCGUAACCAUAUGCAUCAUAGCACUUUAAUGAUGAUGUCAAUGAAGUCCGAAGAAGAUGAUAUGGACUUUCACGACAACAAGUCCGAAACUUCUUCUCGAAGUGGAGGAGGAGGAGGCAAAUCCAAGGUCUUUCAAUGUACAGGCUACGGUGAAUGUAGCAUGGUAUUCACCAGAUCUGAACAUUUAGCACGUCAUAUGAGAAAACACACUGGAGAGAAACCAUUCAAAUGCGUUGUCCCCGGUUGUGAACGAAUGUUUAGUAGAUUUGACAAUAUGAUGCAACAUACGCAAACCCAUAACAAGUCUCGAGGAGGCAAUGGCAACGGCAACGGCAACGGUGGAAAUGGAGGUUCUCGACGACCCAAGGCAAAGACAAAACGAGGAGGUGGUAAAAAAUCAUCUUGUUCUCGUCGUGCUAGCUCUUCUGAUGACUAUGAUGAAUACGCCUUGCCUUCACCUCCUCCCUCUCGUCGCUCAUCGGCCCUCAAUAUGAUGACAGAAGAGCACCAAAUUAUAUUACCUAAUCCUAAAUACGUAGAACUCGAUGAGGAAGACAUGACAGAUGAAGAACAUCAAGAGGCCAAUAAAAUCAUAUCAUUUCAUUCUCAUGAAAAAAGCGCUCGUUAUCCAGACUCGCCUGCUUCUUCUUCAGACUCUUCUUCUUAUGAUCAUUAUUUUUUCACUCAACCCAUUCGUCGUAGAAGGUCUGCACCACGUAUUCACUAUCAACCUUAUCCGUAUAAUGAACUCCAUCACCAAGAAGAAAUAAUCCCGGUUUUACCUCGCCGUAAUUCUGCUUUAUCUCAAUUAGCCACCUAUCUUGUAAAUAACCCAGACCAAUCUCCUGAGAGCUAUCUCCUUCAACAACAACAGCAACAACAGGGUUCUUCUCCGCCAACGUUGGCAAUGACACGUCGACUGUCUAUGCAAGACUUAUCAAACCCGAUUGAAGCUCUCGAUCAUGUAAACCAUCCCAUUCAGGAAGAAGAAGGCAUUGACUUGACAGAAGAUGAAUAUCAAGCCAUUCAAGGCUUUGGUCAAUUUUAUCGUUCGGCCAUUACUUGUAACAAGUAAUCUUAUAAAAAAAAAAAAAAACUUUUUUAUUCUGUAUAUAUUUCAUUACC